AACCACAACUUCUUCAUUUCUCACAACUUCGAACGAACUCACUUCAAUAUCAAUCAACACAACACAACACAGAAGAAGAGAAAGAAGAAUAUACGACGCGAAUGCAAGGAGCAUUAGAGUUACCACCUGGCUUCAGAUUUCACCCUACUGAUGAUGAGCUUGUGAAUCACUACUUGUGUAGAAAGUGUGCUUCCCUUCCAAUUGCUGUUCCUAUUAUCAAAGAAAUUGAUUUGUAUAAGUUUGAUCCAUGGCAUCUUCCAGAAAUGGCUCUUUACGGUGAGAAAGAGUGGUAUUUUUUCUCUCCAAGGGAUCGAAAAUAUCCAAACGGUUCACGGCCGAACCGGGCUGCGGGAACCGGAUAUUGGAAGGCGACCGGAGCUGAUAAGCCGAUUGGAAAGCCUAAGGCACUUGGUAUAAAGAAAGCACUCGUUUUCUAUGCUGGCAAAGCUCCCAAAGGAAUUAAAACCAAUUGGAUCAUGCAUGAGUAUCGUCUUGCUAAUGUUGAUAGAUCCGCUUCAAAAAAUAACCACAAUUUAAGACUCGAUGAUUGGGUGUUGUGUCGAAUUUACAACAAGAAAGGGAAGAUUGAGAAAUACAAUGACACAAAACCACCAAUGUUUUCUCAAUUUGAGAAUGAGACAAAGCCUCAUAUCAAGAUGAACAUGAACGGCCAGGAUGAUCAAUUGUACACUGACACAUCAGAUUCGGUGCCACUGUUUCAUACCGACUCAAGCGGUUCUGACCACGUGGUUUCACCGGAUGUCACGUGCGAUAAUAAGGAAGUUCAAAGUGAGCCCAAGUGGAAUGAAUUUGUUCUGGGCUCAGACCCAGUUUCAGCCUUUGAUUUUCAGUUGAAUCUUAUGGAUGAUGCUGAAGAUGACCCUUUUGCCCCUCAAAUUCAAUACCAAAUCAAUCAGCUUUCGGGUUGGCAAGAUGUGUUUAUGUACCUGCCCAAGUAAUUUUCAUUUUCAUUUGUUAUUUUCGUUAGUAAUAGAAAUAGGUCAUGGUCAUGGGGUUUGAAAAUUGAAAAUGACUAUUUGGGAGGAUUGGGGAUCCUAAAAUUGGAGGGGUCCCAUGGAUAUUUUAAAUUGGUUGGAGACAAAAGUCACAUUCACAUGUACCUACCAAACAAAAAUACUAACUGCAACUGCAAGUGGAGCUUCUAAUGGUGCAUGUGUGAUCUUGGGUAGGUAAUUACUAGGGAUUGUUGAUUUUGGGCUGAUAUUGAUUUAUCAUUAGUAUGGUUGAAAUUUAAGAAAAGUGGGGUCAUUUAUUUGUAACUAAAACAAUAAGCAAAAGAGGAGUGUUAUUUGAACAACCAAUUUAAUGAUAAUUUAUUUGACAAUCAUAACUUAUAAUGAAAAAAAUAGUAUUGGCAUCGAUACCCUAGCAAUAGAGAAAUAAAAGUUAAAAAUAAUGUGAGUAGGUGAGAGAGAGUUGUUAUAAAGAUUGUAUCAAAUGAAUGUUCAAAUGUCAUUUUUCUAAGCAAAAUGAUCUCGAUUCUAAAACUAGGUGAAUAUUCAAUUAUAGCAUGUUAUUAGGGGUAUAUGGUAGCUAGUGUUAACAUGUAAGGAUUAUUGUAGAAAAUUCUUCUUCCAUUUCUAUUAUUUUAGUAGAAUUUUUUAA